UGUGCGUGCGUGCGUGCAUGCGUGCGUGGGCGCGGUCCACAGCACGCCGUGCGCGAGGCGGAUGUCCGGGCCGGCUGGGCCGGGGCCGCGGACGAGAUGGCGGAAGGUGGAGGGUGCCGUGAGCGACCGGAUGCGGAGACCCAGAAAUCGGAGCUCGGGGCCUUGAUGAGGACCACGCUCCAACGAGGGGCGCAGUGGUAUCUUAUUGACAGCCGGUGGUUCAAGCAGUGGAAGAAGUAUGUGGGCUUCGACAGCUGGGAUAUGUACAAUGUGGGUGAACACAAUCUGUUUCCUGGCCCAAUAGAUAACUCUGGACUCUUUUCAGAUCCGGAGAGUCAGACCUUGAAAGAACAUUUAAUUGAUGAAUUGGAUUAUGUAUUGGUCCCAACCGAGGCCUGGAAUAAAUUACUCAACUGGUAUGGCUGUGUAGAAGGCCAGCAGCCCAUUGUCAGAAAAGUUGUGGAGCACGGCCUGUUUGUCAAACACUGCAAAGUGGAGGUGUAUUUGCUGGAACUGAAGCUCUGUGAGAAUAGUGACCCCACCAAUGUGCUGAGUUGCCAUUUCAGCAAGGCAGACACCAUUGCAACCAUCGAGAAGGAGAUGCGGAAGCUGUUCAACAUCCCUGCUGAGCGUGAAACACGGCUGUGGAACAAAUACAUGAGCAACACUUAUGAGCAGCUGAGCAAGCUAGACAACACUGUCCAGGAUGCGGGGCUGUACCAGGGUCAGGUGCUAGUAAUUGAGCCCCAAAAUGAAGAUGGCACAUGGCCGAGGCAGACCUUGCAGUCAAAAUCAAGCACUGCACCUAGCAGAAAUUUUCCUACCUCUCCAACAUCAUCAGCAAGUCUGUAUUCCUCAGUGUCUGCCUCUUCCAUUGCAAAUGGUGAUAGCACUAACACCUCUGGGAUGCACAGUUCCGGUGUCAGCAGGGGUGGAUCUGCCUUCUCUGCUUCGUAUAAUUGUCAGGAGUCCCCAUCGUCUCACAUACAGCCUGGGCUCUGCGGACUUGGAAACUUGGGGAACACUUGCUUCAUGAACUCUGCUUUACAGUGCUUGAGCAACACCGCACCACUGACUGACUACUUUCUCAAAGAUGAGUAUGAGGCUGAGAUCAACAGAGACAAUCCUCUGGGAAUGAAAGGGGAAAUUGCAGAAGCCUAUGCAGAGCUCAUUAGACAGAUGUGGUCUGGAAGGGAUGCUCACGUGGCACCUCGCAUGUUCAAAACCCAAGUGGGACGUUUCGCCCCUCAGUUUUCUGGCUACCAGCAACAAGACUCUCAGGAGUUGUUAGCCUUUCUUCUAGAUGGAUUGCAUGAAGAUCUGAACCGUGUAAAGAAGAAGCCCUACCUGGAGCUGAAGGAUGCCAAUGGGCGGCCAGAUGCGGUGGUGGCAAAGGAAGCCUGGGAGAAUCACAGGUUGAGGAAUGACUCUGUGAUUGUGGACACAUUCCAUGGCCUCUUCAAAUCUACUUUGGUUUGCCCAGAAUGUGCUAAGGUUUCUGUGACCUUUGACCCAUUUUGCUAUCUAACUCUCCCACUGCCCCUGAAGAAAGAUAGAGUUAUGGAGGUCUUCCUGGUUCCUGCUGACCCUUGCUGCAGACCUACUCAGUACCGCGUGGUUGUGCCGCUGAUGGGGGCUGUGUCUGACCUGUGCGAGGCUCUCUCCAGGCUGUCUGGCAUUGCUGCAGAAAACAUGGUGGUCACAGAUGUAUAUAAUCACCGGUUCCACAAAAUUUUCCAAAUGGAUGAAGGUUUAAACCACAUCAUGCCUCGGGAUGACAUUUUUGUGUACGAGGUCUGCAGCACCUCCGCUGAUGGCUCUGAGUGUGUCACACUUCCAGUCUACUUCAGGGAAAGGAAGUCCAGGCCGUCGAGCACUUCUUCCGGGGCAGUGCUGUAUGGACAGCCACUGCUGGUUUCUGUUCCCAAGCACAAGCUAACCCUUGAGUCUUUGUACCAGGCUGUUUGUGAGCGUAUCAGCCGCUAUAUAAAACAGCCUUUGCCUGAUGAGUCUGGCAGCUCGCCCUUGGAGCCGGGGGCCUGCAAUGGCUCCAGGGGCAGCUGUGAAGGUGAGCGCUCGCCACGCUGUGGGGCUGUGACUGACCAAAUCCCUCCUGACCUCCCUCUUCUUCCAAAGAGUGGCUGCACCAGUUUGCAUUCCCAUCAGCAGUGCAAAAGAGAUCCUCUUUCUCCACAUCCUCGCCAACAUCUGUUGUUGCCUGAGUUGUUAAUGUUAGCCAUUCUGACAGGUGUGAGGUGGUAUCUCAUUGUGGUUUUGAUUUGUAUUUCCCUGAUAAUGAGUGAUGUUGAGUAUUAUAUUCUGAUUCUUGCCCAGAAUAUCAUGUUCUUCCACUAGGGAUGAACAAGAGGGUGUUUUGUGUCCAGGUCCCACAAGCAGAGAGGUCAGGGUGGUCAUGACGGUCUCGAGCAGACCUUGGGAGACCCAUAGGUUUUUGGUGCUCUGGCAGUUAAAGCACUGUGAUUUCUAGCUCAAAGUGUGGGGGGACAAGUCACCUUCUUCCUCUGAACCUUGGUUCACCCAUCUGCAGAAUGGGAUGAUGACGUCUGCUUCACAGAUUUGAGGUUACAGGUUUUUUGGUGGGUUUUUUUUUUGUUUGUUUUUUGUUUUUUUUGAAGAGUGGGGAUUGGCAGAGGGAGAGAGAGAAUUUCAAGCAGGCUCCAUGCCCAGCAUAGAGCCUGAUGUGGGGCUUCAUUUCACAACUGUGAGAUCAUGACCUGAGCCAAAUCAGGAGUUGGACACUUAACCAGCUGAGCCAUCCAGGUGCCCCAAGUUUACAAUUUAUUAGAUAAUGUGGGUUAAGGUACCUGGCACAUAAUAGAUACACGAUUAAUAAUAACACCAUGUCAGUAUUUGCUGUUGUUAUAUUUAGCCUAGCUUUUUAGAUAUUGCAUUUGUCAGUCUCCUGUUCAGGGAGAAUUACUGCCUUCUUUUGAAUCCUUUAACUGAGUCUUGGCAAAUAGACUUCAAACCCUAUUUAAUGUUGUGAAAUACUUCUAAUGUUUUUACUGCCAUGGCUUCUUGUCAGGCCUAUGGUGGCUGUCUCCUGAUUCUCCUGAUCUUGGGUAGUUGCUUUCAGUGGACUCUGUUUUCUAUUCUCAUCCUGUUAUAUACACUUCACUGUAUUUAAUUCUGACUGCAUUAGCAGAAGUUUCCUGAGAUUUUCCAAGGAGCUGAUAGCCAGUGGUACAACCAGGGACGGAGUUCUUAUAGUUUUAGGGCUCUGUUUGUUUACUGAGUGGGGUGGACGCAGGCUUUUCUGUGUCCCUGUCAGACAGGUAGCAGGUAGGGCAGGGUCUCACCUGCUGGUCUGGGAGCGGGGCAGGUUCACCUAGGUGUAAAAGGGGCAGUGCCAGUGCCUCAGGAGCCAAGUGGGCCGAUUGGAAAAGGAAAGUCCAUGAGGGCUGGGCUUGUGGUCUUGUGCCAGCUGGCUGUUUCGGAAGGGUGCCAGUAGGGGUGCGUGGCCCGCCCUCAUCCAUGGCUAUGUUGUUCUUGUGGCCUGAGAGGAAACUGCUGCGUUGUCCUGGGCCUGACUUGUCUUUCCUUAUGAACACUCCCAUGGCAGACUGUCUAAGAAAAAGAGGAUUUUUAUGUACAACAUACUGUUUUCCUCGGAGUAGUCCAUGUCGUCCAUGUCUACUAUUUCCCCAGUAUGUAAACUUCAUAUUUUAUGUUAUGUUAUUUUCUUAUUUUUUUUUUUUAAUUUUUAUUUAUUUUUGACAGAGAGACAGAGCAUGAGUGGGGGAGGUGCAGAGAGAGAGGGAGACACAGAAUCCGAAACAGGCUCCAGGCUCCGAGCUGUCAGCACAGAACCUGACGCGGGGCUCGAACUCACGAACUGUGAGAUCAUGACCUGAGCCAAAGUCGGAUGCUCCGCCGACUGAGCCACCCAGGCGCCGCAUUAUUUUCUUAUUUUUAAUGUUUAUUUAUUUUUGAGAGAGAGCGAGACAGAGUGUGAGUGGGGGAGGGACAGAAUGAGAGGGAGACACAGAAUCUGAAACAGGCUCCAGGCUCUGAGCUGUCAGCACAGAGCCUGACAUGGGGCUCGAACUCACGGACCGCGAGAUCGUGACCUGAGCCGAAGUUGGACGCCCAACCGACCGAGCCACCCAGGCGCCCCUACAAUGAAUAUGUUUAUGGAUCUUUUUAUUGCAGCCCCAUAUACCAGUUCUCUGGAAAUGCCUGGGAAAUUUACUCAUCAGCAUAUGUCUGUAGAAUGCCUAUUAAAACUCUUGAGUGGCGCCUGGCUGGCUCAGUAAAGAGCAUGCAACUCUUGAUCUUGGAGUCUGAGUUCAAGCCCCACAUUAGGUGUAAAGAUGUAAAAAAAAAAAAACUUAAAAAAAAUUAUUGAA